AUGACAGACCUGGUCCAGACUACACAGCCGGUGCUCACAGACCUGGUCCAGACUUACACAGACCCGGUCCAGACUCACACAGACCCCAGGUGCCAGACUGGCACAGACCUGGUCCAGACUCACACAGACCUGGUCCAGACUGGCACAGACCUGGUCCAGACUUACACAGACCCGGUCCAGACUCACACAGACCCGGUCCAGACUGGCACAGACCCGGUCCAGACUCACACAGACCCGGUCCAGACUGGCACAGACCUGCUGAUCUCUGUGCGCGUCAGUGUGACCUCCUCUUCCUCCCCUGUCUCCUCCGUCUCCCCCUCCUCCGUCUCCCCCACACACAUUAACUGCUCUGCCAUCUUUGAGCUGGAGCCUGUGGAGGUGGGCCGUGCGCUGCAGCUGCGCCGUGUGCCCCUGGUGGAGGACGACGACCGCGUGAGCGAGGACUGCAGCCUGCUCCUGCGGCGAGGCUACACACCAGCAGAGGCACCAGCAGAGGCACCAGCAGAGGCACCAGCAGAGGCACCAGCAGAGGCACCAGCAGAGGCACCAGCAGAGGCCUUUCCUCUGGCCUUCUCUCUGGUGGUCCAUAAGAACGCUGCGAUGGUGGAGCGGAUCCUGCGUGCCGUGUACUCUCCUGAGAACGUGUACUGUAUCCACUACGACCUGAAGUCGUCUGCGUCCUUCAUCAGCGCCAUGCGGCGCCUGGAGCGCUGUCUGCCCAACGUCUUCAUCGCGUCGCGGCUCGAGGCCGUGCACUACGCGCACGUGAGCCGGCUGCGCGCCGACCUGCACUGUCUGUGGGACCUGCUGCUCUCCGCCGCCCCCUGGAGGUACGUGAUAAACCUGUGCGGACAGGACUUCCCUCUGAAGACGCCGCAGGAGCUGGUGCUGGAGCUGCGAGCUCUGAACAGCUCUAACAUGUUAGAGUCCAGUCGGCCCAGCGCGCUCAAGACGCAGCGCUUCAGCUUCAGGCACCAGCUGAGGCCCGCGCCCUUCGAGUACCAUCGUCUCCCGGUGAAGACCAGCACCCCCAAGCCGCCGCCGCCACAUGGUGUGCAGGUCUUCAUGGGCAGCGCGUACUUUGUGCUGACGCGGGACUUUGUGCAGUUCGUGCGGGACAGUCCCGUGGCGCAGGACUUCCUCACAUGGUCCGAGGACACGUACUCUCCCGACGAACACUUCUGGGCCUCGCUGGUGCGCCUCCCUGGUGCACCAGGACACAUCCCUCUCUCUGCACCAGAUGUGUCAGACCUCAGCAGUAAAACGCGGCUGGUGAAGUGGAACUAUCUGGAGCAGCGGCUCUACCCCGCCUGUACUGGUGCGCACCAGCGCAGCGUCUGCAUUUAUGGUGCGGCCGAGCUGCGCUGGCUCCUCACCUACGGGCACUGGUUCGCCAACAAGAGCGAGCGCACCAGCAGAGACACCAGCAGAGACACUAGCAAAGACACCAGCAGAGACACUAGCAAAGACACCAGCAGAGACACUAGCAAAGACACCAGCAGAGACACCAGCAGAGACACUAGCACAGACACCAUCACAGACACCAGAGACACCAUCCCAGACACCUUUACAAACACCAUCAGAGACACUAGCACAGACACCAUCACAGACACAGACACCAUCAACACGGACACUAGCACAGACACCAUCAGAGACACUAGCACAGACACCAUCAGAGACACAAGCAGAGACACCAGCAGAGACACUAGCACAGACACCAUCACAGACACCAUCAACACGGACACCAUCACAGACACCAACACAGACACCAUCACAGGCACCAUCACAGGCACCAUCAGAGACACUAGCAGAGACACUAGCACAGACACCGUCAGACACCAUCAGCACAGACACCAUCACAGACACAUCAUAGACACCAUCAGCACAGACACCAUCAGAGACACAGACACCAUCAGCAUGGACACCAUCACAGACACCAUCACAGACACCAUCAGCACAGACACCAUCACAGACACAGACACCAUCAGACACCAUCAGAGACACAGACACCAUCAGAGACACCAUCAGCAUGGACACCAUCACAGACACCAUCAUAGACACCAUCAGCACAGACACCAUCAGCACAGACACCAUCAGCACAGACACCAUCACAGACACAGACACCAUCAUAGACACAAUCAGCGCAGACACCAUCACAGACACCAUCAGAGACACCAUCAGACACCAUCAGGCACCAUCACGGACACCAUCAGAGGCACACUCAGAUAA